AGUGUUGAUAUUGUUUACAAAUGGCGACUUCCAAACGACACGACGAAAAUUACAAAUCGUAUUGGAAAUAUUAGGAGUUCAGGGAUCAUGAAUAGUGGAGAUGCAGGCAGAGGAAGUAGGGCAGUUGGAGGGGAUGUGACAGACAGAAAAACCCGCGCCCUACAGGAGGAGAGUCUCGGACCACUUCGGGAUGACCUCGCAGACUGGAUUGCUAAAACACUCAAGAUAGAUGUUACUGGUGACACUCUGAUGGAUGUGCUGGACAAUGGUGUGUUCAUCUGUGACCUAGCAACCGUCAUCCAGGAGCAUGCUGUGGACUGUGUACAGCAGGGAAAGGUCCAGCAUGAUCUGCCCAAGUCAGGGCCGCGGUGUCGGAGGAAUGCCGAGUCUGGGAGCUGGUUUGCCAGGGACAAUGCAGCAAGCUAUGUAAAAUGGGGCCGGGCCAUGGGCAUGCAGGAUGACAGCUUGUUUGAGAGUGAAGAUUUGGUUUCACACAAGUCUGAGCGGCAGGUGAUCAUCAACCUGUUGGAGCUGGCAAGGCUCGGGUACAAGUUUGGCCUGGAACCACCCGCUAUCAUCAAGCUGGAGAAGGAGAUUGACUCAGAGCAUGAAGCGCCCCCCUCACCUCCGCCUCCACCUGCCCCAGUGUCUGCCCCUGCCUCUGCCCCUGCCUCUGUCCCCACACCCAUACAGCAGUCAAAUAGGCCUCUCAACCUUGAUGAAGAGGUCCGUAAGAUGGCAGCUAAGUGCAACUGUUCUGAUGAAGUAAAGCGGCUAAGAGAGGGAAUGUACAUGGUGUUUGGAAAGGGUGUCAUCAUUCGGUCAUUUAGAGGAGCCCCCAAGCAUAUGCUACUGCAGAACCGCCACCUGAUGGUCCGUGUGGGUGGAGGCUGGGACACCCUGGAGCACUACCUGCUCACCCACAACCCUGUAUUCACCUCGGAGCACCGCCGCAAGGGCAGCAUAGACUUCCUUGCCGGGGAUAACGUACUGGAUGGAGACAAGUUCCUCCACAUCAAGGCCAAGUACAAGUCACAGUCCUGACCUCUUCACCAGGGGGUGCCACAUGGCUGCAUACAGUACAGGAAGCCAUUUAUUGCUAAAACUGUGAUAGCAUGCAUCGAGUCAUUCCAUAUAUAUACAAUUUUGGCUUGUCUGUUUUUGGAAGAAAACUUGUUUAUCAUUAUGACAUAGCAAUGGUUUUGGCAGCGGCAAAAAUAUGCAAAAUCUUUAAAUGUCAGAAAUAGCUCAAAACUGCGAGAUAUAUAUGAUUCUAUUCGUAUGUGUCACUAUUGUACUACACAUACCCCGGUAUGUGACGUUGUCAGUGAAAAUGGGUCCUGUUGAGUUAUUUACUUUAUCAACAAAAACUAUUUUAAACCAAAAGAAAGGAUUACAAAAACUGAUAACAAUGUGAACCUUUCUAAAAAUGUAUGAAAAUAGCUUACAUACGCUGCUUUUGAGGCACAAAACUUUUAAAAAUUAAAACGUCACUAUUUCGGCCAACGGAUUCAUUUUCACUGAUGACAGCAAAUAUGAAUAGGCACACACAUGUAACCAUAACCCUGGUUUAUGUUAUAAACAAGUUAUGCCCCUUGACCUUCUCAAGUAUCACUUGAAAAAACAGACAAGUAUCAGCAUCUGAUUUUGGUGUUAUUGUUAAAUAUGCUGGUGCUAAAUAUACGUAAUAAGAUUUUUAAGUACAUUAACCAUGUUUUAUAUGCCAGUAUUGUGUAUUCACAGGCUUUGUUUGACCAGCCAGAUAUUGAGUCUUGGUUUGACUGGCUAGGUAUUGUGUCUUGGUUUUGACCAGCCAGUUGAAUCUUCAUUUGUGUCUUGGUUCAACCAGCCAGUGAUUAUGUCUUCAUUUUGACCAGCCAAUUGUGUCUUCAUUUGUGGCUUGGUUUGACUGGCACGGUAUUGUGUCUUGGUUUUGACCAGCCAAUUGUGUCUUCAUUUGUGUCUUAGUUUCAACCAGCCAGCUAUUAUGUCUUCAUUAUGACCAGCUAUCGUGUCUUGGUUUUGACCAGCUAUUGUGUCUUGGUUUUGACUGGCCAGUUUGUUUCUGUAUUCAAGUUUAUAGAGUUCUCAGGGUUUCCUGUUGUACAUACAUAUUAUGUUGCUAUGCCAAGUAAAAUUUGCUUUGACAAUGACUUUGUAACAAUUGUUUUGAUGUUAUACAAGAUAAUUUGUGUUAAGAUAUUUGUUAUUUUAAAGAGAAAUGCGCCCUACUAAUCAAGUAUUAUUCUGAUGUAUUUCUGUGCUUGUGAAACAUACAGUAUUAUGAGUUCUACAGAAAGUCAGUAACUUUUUGUGACUUCUUAUUUUAUUAAAUGUUCACUAUUAAGAUAUAUGUGUAACCAACAAUGUGUUAGUGUUUCAUCAGGAACACUAGGAGAAAUUUCAUACCUAUUUAAAGAAGUACUGCACUAUUGUUUUAACACAUGGUUGGUGUUUGGUCAGGAGUUCUAGGAGAAAUUUCAUACCUAUUUUAAGAAGUACUGCACUAUUUUCUUAAACACAUGGUUGGUGUUUGGUCAGGAGUUCUAGGAGAAAUUUCAUACCAUGGUGAGAUUUAAAAAGUAAAAUGCACUAUUGAAACCCUCAUAAGUAUUAAAACGCUUACUGGUAAAGCAUCCUUGAUGAAACAGCCCCUGCAGACAAUUCUGCAUACAUGUCUCUCACUUACUGUUUGGACAACUAAGGGACAGAUAUAAAGUUUCUUAACACUCAUGUUAUGUAGUUCCUAAACAUAUGUUUAAUUUAGAUAUUAUGCUGUUGUUGUUGUUUUAUUUUUCCAAUUUGCAUUUUUGUUACGGUAUAUACGAAUUUUUUCCCCAUUCUUACGAUUUUAAAAUGUUGUUUGAAAAAAGAGAAGCUUUACAAUGAAUAUGGUGACACUAACAAGCAUAAUGUGUUCAGGGUAAAACUAUUUUAGAAUGUAGAAAUAUAAAUAAAAAUAAUCAGAUUUUUGAAUAAAACUUCUUUUUCAUGUAUGAGUUUUAUAACAAGAAAUGUUGGUAUGUGGAAUUCUUGCGAUAUUUAGCUCAACUAUGCGGAGAAUAAGGAGGCUAUACUACUUGUCCUACUGUCAGCAUCUAAAUCAAUAUGGUUAAGUUUAAUGGCAAGUUGGCAUUUUCACUUAUAAUUCUAUACCCUAAAUUUAAUUAUUACUUGACACAAUUAAUGGCACCCAUAUAACAAUUAGGUUACAUAACUUGAAACUAACCCUAAAUACAUAUUAUGGCACUUGAUUGAAAUUUUCUAAAUUUUGUUUUUAAUUUUUGUUUUAUUGCUUUAGACCAGCACAUUUUUAUAUUCUUACCAUAACCUGAUUUUCACAAAGUCUUAUUAGAAUGACGUAUGUCAUUGUUUAGGUAGUACGGUGGGAGGGCAGCGAUUAACACACGUAUUGUAUCACAAGUGUGACCAAACUUGGAAUAUAGGAAGAGUUUAUGGAGACCUUUCAUGGGAUUGCAUUUGGGGCCCAUAAGGUCAAGGUCACUGUUACUAAAAAUAUAUCAAGUUUUGUUUCUGAAUAACUUUAGUUUGGUUUGACAUAUUGUGACCAAACUUGGUAUCUAAGAAAAGUUUAUGGAGACCUUUCAUGGGAUUACGUUUGGGGCCCCUAGGGUCAAGGUCAUAGUUACUGUUACUAAAAUUGAUAAAGGUUUGGUACUGAAUAACUUUAGUUAAGGUCAUUGUAACUGUAAAUAAACUGAAUCCAGCAAGAAGACAGAAGUUCUUUUGUCAUUCGUUAAAAACCUGGUUUUGUCACAUUGCUGUGUUUCUUGUUUGCUUUUUUAUUUGUCCUACGACAGCUCUUGUUACUUUCCAUUUUAAUAAUGAAUCAUUUUUGUCUGAAAAUCAUCUGGAAACUGCUAUGAUGAUAUGAAAAUAAGCACUCUUUAGAUAUUCAGAAAUUGUGAAUACAAAAAAUAUAUAUCUGAAGCACCAUCAGAAACUAGAGAAUUAACAUUUUUUACCAGAAUUGCAUUGUACACCAAUUUAAGUGUAUUGUCACAUCAGAUAUGUUAUGUCAAUGAGAUGUUGUAACAUUCUAGCUGUGGAAUUUUGUGUCUUGCUAUAAGCUGAAUAGUUAUUUUUGUUGAGUGUUUUUGUUGUAUGCUUCUUGCAAAUGCAAUUGCUUUUUGUUGCAAUAUUAUUUACUACCUAUGCUGUUUAUUUUAUCUUUUUCGUUUUGCUAUUUUUCCCGCUCAUUCUUUGCUCCUGGUUAUUUUCUGUAUUGAAUGCUUUAGAAAAUGUUGGACAAAGUAGUUGUUUUCUAAUACAUGUAUAUUAAAAAUUGUGUUCUGCAUAAUGGCAUUUUAUUAUUUUAUCUGUAUGCUUUGAAUGUGAUGUUGUUUUUUGUUGUUUUUUAAUGAAAGCAUAAUCCAUUUAUUUUGUCUACUGUUUAGCUGUUGUGAAAUUUGGCUCGUAGAUUUAAUACUAAAUUUAGAAGUUUCAUUUUUAAAGAAAUUAGAAUUAUUAAAAAAAACUCUAAAGGUAAUAUACACAUGCAAAAAACCCCACUGUGCAUGGCAAGAAAUUGGUGAAUACAUAUGUUGACUUUAGUUCUCCAUCAUUAAACAUAACAAUGCAGCUCGGAGGCAGAGAGGCGCUUGCCCAUGACAUAUGACUCUUUCAGAACAUAAUCAUUUGAAAACGUAUUUUUUCCGAUGUUAUUUAAGAAUUCAUCAGGUGUUGUGUUCCCAUAGACUAUUGAUUUAUUGCACAAGUUUAAGUCCAAUUAAAAAGUGUAUAUAUAUAUAUAUAUUUGCUGAGAGGAUUUAUUUUUAUAUACUUUGUUCUAGGCUGUUAAUGAGACAGGUAAAUAUUUAUGCUACAUGUAAUUCCGUCCAGUUUUACAGUUUACCGUUAUUGUUGCAGUUCUUUGCAUAUAUAUGUUUGCCA